AUGUAUCUUUUCAGUUGGCUUUUCAAAAACCCCCCUCUGGCCAUGCCAACUAUGGAGAGCAUAGACGAGGUACCGUAUCGGUCACCCGUACCCCUUCAAUGGGAGUUGGCUCGACAAACAGAAAUUUUCCUCGAAGACUCACUAUGGCCGCAAGCUUAUAGUCUUCUCUUUAAUGUCCUCGCAUCGGGUACUAUCUCAUCAACAAAAGCAGUGAUCCCACUGCCGCAACAUUUAGCCGUCGCAGCUACGAUGCUCGUACACCCAAGAACGACAACACGCGCUGAGUCGGAGUACGAAAAAGAAGCACCCAAUGCAGCUUUGCGAUUUCUUCGACUAACGAACUCCCUUGUUGGUCCCAUUGAUGCAAAGUUUGGUCUCGCUUUCAACUUCUCCCAGUUAGCAUCUUCGCGACAUAGGCGGCGUGCGGAGAGCCCGAUGCUCAUUGAGCAUGACAACCCUGAUACCAGGCCCCUGAAUACGAAAUUCAACCAAGCUUCUUCGUUGUGGAACUGUGCAGAGGACUUCUGGCAUGCAGUCGGCUGGGCAUUUAAUUGUUCGGUAAUUCACCCGGCCCGGUGGGAGCGCUGGCAGAUAUGGCUCCAGUUUAUGUGCAACGUGCUCGAAGAUGACUGGAAAGAGCGCGAAAAGAAAUACCUCGAGGCGAAACAAAACCAGGUGGAUAUCCCAGUUUUGUCAGAGAUGCCGGUGAAGUCGGAGGGGGAGGCCUCACAGGGCGCUGAACCAGCCGAGAAAGAAACACGCAGCGGCAAAAAGCCUAAGGAAGAUGUAGUGCAUGUGUUUGAUGAUCUUGGGAUUUUCCGAGAAAGCCUGAUAUUCCGUUACAUCGCCUCAAAUACUACAGCCGGGCGGAACCGCAGAAUCAUGCGUGCAAUCUUUGCCAAUGGCAAAUCAAAUCUCGGCGAGUUCAAGGAGGUAUUCAACGAUGAACUGAAGAUUCCUGUUCCCGAACAAGACUCUCGUAAUAUCAAGAAGAGGGCAGGUGAUAUCAACCUCGACAAAGAUAACUAUGGCGACUACCUGGACAAUUCGGACGAGGAUUUCGAAGGUGAUAACAGCUCAACCUCUGUAUCGCCGCCAGCCAAGGGAUCAAAAGCCCGGAAGCAACGACGUAGCAAGCGAACACGACGAGGAACGCGAAACGCAAUGGACGAAGCUACAGACCCCGUCAAGAUGGCCAAAGGAAGCCAAAAACCCUCUCACAGUAAUAUAUCCCCGCUAGGCGGCUACACCUCCCUCGCCCUCCGCCAACAACUCCUCGGCAUCCUCUCCAGCGUCUCGGAAAGACUACCCCGGGACUUCUUGCCUCUGGACAACCUCUACGACAUGUUCGUCGAGAACAUCCGCGACCUCUCCCUCCCACUCUUCCAACACUUUAUCACCCCCUCCAACCUCCCCCAUCUCCUACCCGAAGCACACUCUACUCUCUGCGAACUGCUCCUCUUCGUCUUCCGCGAAAGCUCCGCCCCAAGCUCCGACAACAACUACCUUACCCAGGCCAAGCUGGAGGAAUGCUUCCUCCCCUAUGCGGCGGCUACGGCGAGUGUUGAGAACAACGCAAAGGUCUCCAUUCUGCUUGAGGCAUUGAUGACACUCCUGCAUAAGAGCAAUAUGCUCUCUGUGACCCCGUCACUAGUGAAAGCUGUUCGGUCUGGGAUUGCGCGACGUGAGCAGGCUAGUCGUGAUCGGGACUCGAUUGGAUGGUCUUACUUGCAGGAGAGCGGGUUUAGGAUGAGGUUUAUGGUUGAUCAUAUCUUACCAUGA